AUUGCAGCUUUGGCCGAGUUGGUUAUGGCGCCACGUUCAGGUCGUGGUCUCAGCAAUGGGGCAAGGGUUCGAAUCCCUUAGGCUGCAUGAAUUUUUUAUUUUCUCGUCAGCUCUCGGGACUCCGCAUGCGUCGUUCAAGUACCGAUGGUCAAGACAUCGCCGUGAGUCAAGUACCUUGAGCAUCUUGCCUGACCCAAUUUCGUCUGAAGAUUCAUGUAUUCUCCUGACCUGCAUCUAUUUGCCGUUGCCCGUCACCAGGAGUCGCGCAAUUGAACUUUCGGCGCGCGACAGGAAAACAGCAAAAGUGAAAUCUAAUCAGACUCAACCAACUAGCAGGCUGCCAUGAAGUGGAUCUCUCUUGUCGCUGCUUUGACACAGCUUGUGUCAGCACAGUCAUCUACGUCUGCAUCGACUGGACUGUCCCCUGAUCCCUCAGCAACGGCAUCAAGAGCAUCAGCAGCAAGUGUCACUCCUUCAUCUGCAAGACUCAACGCAGUACCCUCUUAUGACGCCAGCCGCAAAUCAGUGGUUUAUGUGACCAAGACGGAAGCUUCCACAUCGCAAGGGACACAAGCGCCUAGCAAUAGUUUCCUGGAUUGUCCUGCAGGCAGUGCCAAUAUGACGGGUCCCUUCUGUCUGCCUCUCAACGGCACCCAGCAAAUCAAAAACAAAGAGUACAGCGUUACUUGGGAUAGUUCCUUUGCGCCGAAUUGCUCAAGUGUCUAUGUUGCGCUGCUCUAUUAUGGCAACGAGGCCGGUCAACUCGUGACAUCGACUUCUACAAGCAAUAGCUUAGGUUUCUGGAAUUACACGGUGCAGGGUAGCUGGUUGGAGAGCAAGAGCACGCAAGAGGUGGUCUUCCAGAUCUUGCCGUAUGAUUGCAGCGGUGAUAUUCCAGCACGGCAGAAUGGGCCCAUCAUUCAGCUACGCAACAAGGUCGAAACGACGGUUGUGUCGUCUGCGAUGCCCAAGGACCGUAUCCUUGGAUUAUCUAUUGGCUUGCCUCUUGCACUGUUGGCCUUCUUGGGGACUGUGCUGCUUGUCUUUUGGUGGAAUAAGCAGCAUCGGCAGAUUCCGCAGUUUUCACGUAAGCGUCGUGGGUAUACAGGUCGCAAGGAACGCGGUGUGCGACUCCAGGAGAUGAACCCGGAUGCCGAGUACCGCGACUAGUGCUUGUUGCAGGUAUAGCUUGGUGUAGACACUGUCAGACACACAUAAUCAAUGAGUUACACUGUUACACAGUAGUCAUCACUGGCACUCGGCCUCCCGCCGCUCUCUGCCGAAGAACUGUCGCCCGCGGGUGAAGUGUCCCCGGCCCCCGGAAGUUUGCAUGUGAAGCGGACAAUUUGCUUAUUAGAUCUCGAUCCCCCCGCGCUUUUCCUCUCUUCACUGCCUACUCAUCACGCGCUACUGCUGCCAUGUCCAUUCGUCUAGCUCGUGCUGCUCGUACUGCUCUCGCUGCACCCAGGCUCAUCCGGUCAUUCAGCGUGGCUCGCAUCGCUCGUCAGGAAGAUGUCGUCCCGGGACCUCUGUUUGCAUUGACCGAAGAGGAAGAAAUGAUGAAGGACUCU